UUCAUAUAUAAGUGUAUACAUAUGUAUACAUGGAUGUAUUUAUCGUUAUUUACAACUGCCAUGAAACUUUAUAGCAAUAAUUAACAUUAGAAGUGAAACUGCAACGAAAUUAUGUUACGCAACAAAAUUUCGUCACGUUCGCUUUAUAUGUUUAUCUGCAACAGACAAUCAUGCAGGCUGCAUCGAUUUGAAUAAAAAUGUAAUAAUUUUAUAGUUUCAAGAGUUGCCACUUGUGUUUUGAAUAAAAUUCAUCAAAUAAAAAUUAAAAUAUAAAAAAACUAUUAAUAAGCUGAUUGAUUUUUUAUAUAAUUUAAAUUAUUUGUGAAAUAAAUCAAAAUUACAAUAUGCAACGAAAUUGUGUUACGCAACAAAAUUCCGUCACGUUCGCUUUAUAUGCUUAUCUGCAACAGACAGAAACGAUUUGAAUAAAAAUGUAAUAAUUUUAUAGUUUCAAGGGUUGGCACGGUCCCAAAUUUUUUUGAAUAAAAUUCAUCAAAUAAAAAUUUAAAUAUAAAAACACAAUUAAUGAGCUGAUUGAUUUUUUAUAUAAUUUAAAUCAUUUGUGAAAUAAAUUAAAAUUACAAUAUACAAAUAAAAAAACGGCUUAAUUCAAAACUUUUUAAAGAGCUGCCACUUGUUUGAAGCAUUUUAAUUAAAUCAAUCAGCAAAUGUUUUUUUAUUAAGGCUAUAAGUUUCAAAAGCCUGGGAGUUUGAAAUUUUUUUGAGGUGCGUUGCCAUAUAAACUAUUUUUGGUGUGGUGAUAAUGGUCACCAAAGACAUUAGAUAUUUAGACUAAUGAUUUAUUUGAUGUGCACGCGGUCGCUGUCAAAUAGAGCUGCCAAAGCUUACGCGCUAUGUUUUAUAACAGCAGGCGGACUUGCACCUAACUGUUGAGUAUGUAUUGGCAGUUCCCUUUUGUGUUGUAUUUGUUUCAGCAGUCCUGGAAUUAAGUAGGACUUGCUGACAUGAUGUUGCCAUAUAAUAUAAUGUUAUAAAUAUAAUGUAAUUAAAUAUUGUGGUAUGUCCCACAUUUUUUUUUAUUAAAAUACAUAUUUCAUAUUACAUUACUUAAUUAAUGCAUUUCUUUAAUAAACUAUAUUUUUUUUAAACUGUGAUCGCUUAAGUAGACACUCUUGAUGGGAUUUUUUACAAUUCAAUUUAUUAAAUAAAUGUAACAUUUCUACUGCAAGCUCAAAGAUAUUUAAAAGUCUAAUAUUUAAACAAUUUUAUGAGGAAAGUUGCCAGAAGUUUGCUUAUUUCAAUAAACGUAUUCCAAACGUCUUUCGCUGAAUUAUUGUUUAAAAUACAGUUGAUCUCCUUUUUACACGGUUCUUUUCUUCUUUUAUUUUUACCCGGUGUUUUUGUACACUUCCCAGUUACCAUUUUUAUACGGUUUUACUUUUUUUACACGAAUUUUUUAUUUGAAUUGUAUACUUGUUUGCAAUAAAAUCCAAAUUCCAUACGUCAAUACGUCACAAAUCCAUUGUUGUUAAUAGAAUAUAAUAAAUUCUAAAUUAGGUUUAAACUAAAAAAUACAAAUUCUAGAUUUGAAAGCCGGUGAAAAGGUUGCAACAAUUUCAAGACGUAAACAAAGAAAUGAAGCUGUAUGAAGAAAUAAGACAAAAGAAGAAACAGCGAUUAAUGCCGGAAAUUUGAAAUGUAUUAUUUUUUUACCAUUCCCAGAAUAGUUGUUGUUUGCUCCUUUUAACAGUAAUAUGUAAAUAUACAAACAUAUAAUACCUGAAAAGUCUAUAACAACAACAACAGUGUAAAUCCUCACUGUAUGAAUAGAUAGAUUUUCAUGUAUUUAUUACAUAUUUUAUAUUUUUUGCACGAUUUUCUUUUUCUUAAAUUGGUCCCAACAAUUUUAUAUAAAAAUUUGACGGUUUUUUUACACGAGUAAUUUACUGUCCCAGUUAACUGUGCAAAAAGGAGAUCAACUGUAUUGUAAAAGAAGUUAAAAUAUUAUUUUCACGAAUAUUUCUAGAUCGUCGGUAUGUGGCCGAACUCAUCCACGAAAUACACUUUAACGUUGACGAACGUGAAAGCUCGGUCGAAAAAAAUUUCUUUCGGUUUCCUAGUUCCUGUCUCGGCUGUCUUUCUCUAUCGGCUCAAAACAUAUUCAACUGUUAAUAUUAGUCCAUAGUGCCUCAUAAUUACUAAUCUGUUUUUUCUUGACAUAGCAUAUGGUUUUUUUUUCCACAAAACUGUCUAUUAAUUGAGCUGACUAGUGUAGACCCAACUCAUAUAUAAAAAUUCGACAAAAUGAAUCGCCACUACUUGAUCCUCAUAACUCUUUACACAUUGAUGGUGUUACCAGGCUUGCCACAUAUCGGGUGUGUGCGGUUGAUGCCGCCACAAAUCUGCAACAGCGAUAUGUGUGAAUGCACCUACAAUAGAUUUGCAUGCCGCUUAAAGGGUAAAUUCAGUUUAGUUAACGUCGAAGGCAUAAUAUACGCGUUGAACGCAGACGAAACAAUAGAGUACGUUAUCGCAUAUGAAUUAAAUAUAACGUGCGUAUACGAACCUGAAGAUCUAAAUGUAGUGCUAAAUCUGAUGCCAGCUAUAACAUUAAGUGAUCGCACAAAAUUUUAUUUGAAAAACUGCUUGGAAUAUCCCGAUAUACUGCAGCAACCGCAUAUAACAUACGAUGGUGUUGUGGAAUUCGAUAAAUACUUGGAGACACCACCAAAUUUUUUCAAUCAAACCCCAGUUUUGCAGAGUUUGACAUUGCCAGUGAAUUUUAUUUAUGUCAAGAACCCGUUACCGCAACAUUUGUUUCACAAUUUAACGAAUUUACAACAUUUGGAAUUGAAGAUUCUCUGCACGCAUCCGGAAAUACGUUAUCCGGUCGAACUUUUCCACACACUAUUUAAUUUGGAAACGCUUUCCAUAGAGCUUAUAGCGCUGCAAACAAACGUACGUGACAUACAGCAUACGCACUUUCGCGAUCUAAGCGCACUAAAGCAAUUGACAUUAGAAGGAAAUCAUUUUUUGACGCUACCCGCCGAACUCUUCACGACCUUACCAGAAUUAAGAAAACUUAGCUUGCGCAUGAACAGUUUAAAAGAGUUGCAAAGCGAUUUGCUGCGCCAGCAGUGUAAACUACUGGUGCUUGACUUAUCAGAGAAUCAGUUAAGCGCAUUACCCAAAGGCAUAUUUGACAAUACGCCCCUACUCUGUGAGCUCGACCUCGCGCACAAUAGAUUCAGUGUGCCAACAAAUAUUAUAGAAAAUGUGCAUGCGCUAAGUAAUCUGCGCAAACUCAAUUUGGGGUACAACGAUUUCGAGUCUAUUUGGGGUGCAGGUAUUUACCGCAAUUACACACUUUUCACACGCUCCUAUAUAACCGAUGCGCAAUGGCUGAGCAAUUUUGAGGAGAUGGUUAAGUAUGUGGCGGGUUGGCGUCAAAUUGGGCCCAAUAAUACGGAGGUGGUACUGAGAAAUAAUCGAUUGGCAUACUUUUCGUUAGACUGGAUCGCAGUCGCGGGCGUCAGCUGCCCCUACUACAUUGAUCUCGCAAACAAUCGCAUAAGCCAUGUGGAUGCGAUUUUGUCGCCGUCAAAUGCAACUUGCUGGCAAGAAGUGCACUUGAUAAAUAACCCACUCGUGUGCGAUUGUGAAUUGGCUUGGAUCUACAAUACAAAUUUGCUUAUGAACCGCGUUAUAUGGAAGUGCGCUAAGCCGGAGCUCUUGGCUGGCUCCGAUUUACAAACUUUGCAACGCGAUGCACUCUGCCCAUGGUCACCCGCCUGGUGUCCGUCGAAAUGCCGUUGCUCGAAACAAACGAGCGCGCUACUCAUCAAUUGCACUGCGGCAGAUUUGCAAGCACUUAGUCAGUUGCCGCGCCCCGAGCAGUUGUCACUCACAGAGACUGCGCUCGAUCUCACGCACAACCGAUUCGGCGAGCUGCCGUCGAAUGCUACUUUUGGUUAUGCGAAUGUUACGCAUCUAUUUGCGGCACACAAUCGGUUAAACACCGUCUUGCCCACGCAUUUGCCACCUGCGCUUCGCACAUUAGAUUUGCGAACGAAUCAACUGGAGCGUUUAAGUGAGAGCUUCCUGCGCGUCUAUCUCAACGAGAGCGCUAGGCUAACAGCGCUUUAUCUCUCCGAUAAUCCCUGGCUGUGCGAUUGCUCAGCAGAGCUUUUGUUGUACACAUUGCGCGUACACCGCAGUCGCAUACCCGAUAUUGAGGAAUUGUUUUGCGCAAAUCUUCCCAACGUAACGCUAGCGAAUGUGACGUUCACAGAUAUUUGUGUGGUACCCAGCAGCAGUUGGACUUUAUUAGCGCAACUAGUGGCUAGUUUUCUUGUAAUACUUACGCUCUUGACUUGUAUUGCACUGUACUACAAGUAUGAAUUGGAGCUGAAGAUUUGGUUGCAUGCACAUAACGUGAACAUUUCUUGUUGCGGCAUUGACGAGCUCGACUGCAACGCAACAUUCGAUGCCUUCAUCUCAUAUGCGCACGAGCAGUCGGACUACGUCAACCAGAUACUCGUGCCUGGACUCGAGCAAACGGCGCCUCAUUUUCGCAUCUGCACACACGAACGCAAUUGGCUGGCGGGCGCUUAUAUACCCGAACAAAUUGUCGAGUCGGUGGCACAAUCGCGUCGCACAAUCAUUGUGCUCUCGCAAGAUUUCGUUGCAUCGCUUUGGGCGCGUAUGGAAUUCAAGACGGCGCAUCAGUUUGCUAUAAACGAGCGACGUGCGCGUAUCAUUAUUAUUAAAUAUGGCGAGGUUGCCGAUAUGGCCGGUCUUGACAGCGAGUUACAGGCUUAUUUGCGUAUGAACACCUAUUUGGAGUCGGAGGAUCCGCGAUUCUGGCAGAAACUACGUUACGCAAUGCCGCAUCGCAGAGGCGAAGGCCGGAAAGCCGGUAUGCUCGAGGUGGGCAAUAGAGUUUACGUAUGUGGACAAGUGGAGCGGAAUCAAAUGGCGAUUAAGAAUUAAAUGCGGAGAAGCAAGUGUAUACUAAAAUCUUAUUAUUGUCACAAAAUAUUUACGUAACUCAUGGAAAAUAAAUAAAAGCUUAGCGAAUUUAUGAUUUAUCAAUAAUUUUGUUAUUACUAGAGUUAGUUUUGUUUUCAAAAUUUUUAAUUAUCUUGGGUAUCGGAGAAUGAUGCCAAAUUGAUAUUUCUUUUGCAGGUUCAAUUGUCGUAGAAAUCGAAGCACAUUUAAGAUUGAACGCUUUAUUUUUUUGCGAGGCGUAAAAUAUUUAUAGUGGAUUUUUAUACUGCCAGAUCUAUAGAGAUAGUGCAGACACUUUUCUAACUGAUUGCAACGGCUACUGUUUUUAAGGGGGGAGAACCGGCGACUGCAACGUAUGCCAAUAUACUCAACACAGAUUUGCAAAGACCGAUAUUGACAUCUAAGUGACCAUUUAUCUAAAUAUAUCCAAAUGAGCAAACCCCUUCAGAGAUGUUAACGAAUGCACGAAGAUUUUACAAAUUAUUCUGAUAACUUUCUUUUCGAUUUCUGAAUGAUUAUCCAGCAACUCGUAAAGAGUCAGCGGUUUUAAUAACGUUAUCAACUGAGAAAUACUCAUAGAAAUUAUAUGUAUGUCAAUUGGUUUUAUUGAAUCGACUUGACCAUUUAAAAACCCAUCCCUGAUUAUAUGAAAUAAAAACAAAAAGUACUCCAAAAUCUUCUUUAAUUUUGUUCAUUGGUUUCUUAAGGAGCUAUGACCUAUUAUCGGGUGCUUAUAGACCGACCGACCGAUUUAAGAACAUUUGAAAAUUUAUCAAACCGAUUGGGUAUUUUGAGCUCUCCAAUCGAUUUCCCUGUAAUCGAUAUGAACUGCUUAAAGGUUAUAGCGAAACAAGGGAUUUAAAAUUUCUUCAGAAUAUAAGUAGGACCAUAUCGUAGGAAGAAAACCGGGUUUGUGAAGAAUUAAUUUAGGAAGUUCCUUAGUUUCUCCACCUCAACUUAGGUCCUUUUAAUUCCUUAUAAUCUAUUGUAAUUUGUAAUAGUACUCAUCUCAAACAAAAUUAAACAGUUAAUACCAAAAUCGAAACGAAAGAUAAACAGUAAAUAAUGCAUUUUUAAGAAGAACCAAACGGUAUUAGAAAAUUCAAUGAUAACAAAUACGGACUGAUGAACUUCUUCUGCAGGUUGUAUGCGAGCUGGAGCAUGUGCUGAAGCUUUUUUUGAUAUCAUAGAUAUCAAUACGGAAUCUCAACCCUUAGAUUGUGUCAUAAAAUAUGUUAUUUUUUUACUU